GUGUGUGGCCGCGGCCCGAGCCUGUAGCGCGCGGGUAGGCGAACGGGGAAGAUCCCCGGCGCGGUUAAAAGAACCAUGGAUGGCCCGACGCGGGGACAUGGACUCCGGAAAAAGCGGAGGUCGCGAUCACAGCGAGACCGGGAGAGACGCUCCCGGGCCGGCUUAGGAACCGGUGCGGCGGGUGGUGGAGGAACCGGCCGGAGCCGGGCUCCCUCGCUGGCUUCAUCGUCGGGCUCCGACAAGGAAGACAAUGGAAAGCCCCCGUCCUCCGCCCCGUCCCGGCCCAGACCCCCGCGGAGGAAGCGCCGAGAGUCCACCUCGGCCGAAGAGGACAUCAUUGAUGGAUUUGCCAUGACCAGCUUUGUUACUUUUGAAGCGCUGGAGAAAGAUGUAGCAGUGAAGCCUCAGGAACGCGCGGAGAAGCGGCAGACUCCCCUGACCAAGAAGAAACGAGAAGCUCUCACCAAUGGCUUGUCCUUUCACUCCAAGAAGAGCCGGCUCAGCCACCCACACCACUACAGCUCGGAUCGAGAGAACGACCGUAACCUCUGCCAGCAUCUCGGGAAGAGGAAGAAGUUGCCGAAGGGACUGCGACAGCUCAAGCCAGGACAGAACAGCUGCAGGGACAGUGACGGCAGCGGAAGCACCAGCGGAGAAUCCAAGGGUUUCCACCGGAGCAGCUCUCGGGAGAGGCUCAGCGAUAGUUCAGCUCCUUCCAGCUUGGGAACAGGCUACUUCUGCGACAGUGACAGCGACCAGGAAGAGAAGGCAUCAGAUGCUAGCUCUGAAAAACUCUUCAACACUGUUCUUGUAAACAAAGAUCCAGAAUUAGGUGUCGGCCCGCUGCCUGAACACGACCACCAAGAUGCAGGGCCAAUCGUCCCCAAGAUCUCGGGUCUAGAGAGAAGCCAGGAGAAGAGCCAGGACUGUUGCAAAGAGCCUGUCUUUGAACCCGUGGUGCUCAAAGACCCUCAUCCUCAGCUCCCCCAGCUACCAUCCCAGCCCCAGGCGGAACUCCAGCUCCAGAUUCCAUCUCCAGACCCAGACUUGGUCCAGCGCACGGAGGCUCCACCCCAGUUUCCUCCUCCUCCAAGUGCACAGCCAGUCCAAGGGCCCCCAGAAGCCCAGCUGCAGCCUGCCCCACAGCCUCAGGUGCAGCGGCCACCCCGGCCGCAGUCCCCCAGCCAUCUGCUUCAGCAGGCCCUUCCGCCUGUACAGUCACAUCCCUCUUCCCAGAGCCUCUCCCAGCCGCUGUCGGCCUACAACAGCAGUAGCCUGAGUCUCAACAGCUUAAGUUCAAGCAGAAGCAACACUCCAGCCAAGACCCAGCCCGCCCCUCCUCACAUCUCCCACCACCCCUCCGCCUCCCCUUUCCCCCUCUCUCUGCCCAACCACAGCCCCCUGCACAGCUUCACACCCACCCUCCAGCCCCCCGCCCACUCACAUCACCCCAAUAUGUUUGCCCCUCCCUCUGCUCUGCCUCCUCCCCCACCGCUGACAUCUGGAAGUCUGCAGGUGCCUGGGCAUCCCGCGGGGAGCACUUACUCAGAACAAGAUAUCUUGAGGCAGGAACUGAACACGCGCUUCCUGGCCUCUCAGAGCGCCGACCGAGGGGCAUCCCUGGGCCCUCCGCCCUACCUGCGGACCGAGUUCCAUCAGCACCAGCAUCAGCACCAGCACACGCAUCAGCACACGCACCAGCACACCUUCACGCCAUUCCCCCACGCCAUCCCGCCCACCGCCAUCAUGCCGACGCCAGCACCUCCCAUGUUUGACAAAUACCCCACCAAAGUUGACCCAUUCUACCGGCAUAGUCUCUUCCACUCCUACCCUCCUGCAGUCUCGGGUAUACCCCCCAUGAUCCCACCCACGGGCCCUUUCGGUUCACUCCAAGGAGCAUUUCAGCCGAAGACAUCCAACCCUAUCGAUGUGGCUGCUCGGCCUGGAACAGUCCCCCACACUCUACUCCAAAAGGACCCAAGGUUGACAGAUCCUUUCAGACCUAUGUUAAGGAAACCAGGAAAAUGGUGCGCCAUGCACGUGCACAUCGCCUGGCAGAUUUAUCACCACCAACAGAAAGUCAAGAAACAGAUGCAGUCAGACCCACACAAGCUGGACUUUGGGCUGAAACCUGAGUUCCUGAGCCGGCCUCCAGGCCCUAGUCUCUUCGGAGCCAUCCAUCAUCCCCAUGAUCUGGCGCGACCUUCCACUUUGUUCUCUGCUGCUGGUGCUGCCCAUCCUACCGGGACCCCUUUUGGGCCACCACCUCAUCACAGUAACUUUCUCAACCCUGCCGCUCACCUAGAGCCUUUUAACCGGCCGUCUACGUUCACGGGCCUUGCCGCAGUUGGCGGCAAUGCCUUCGGGGGACUUGGAAACCCUUCAGUUACACCCAACUCAGUGUUCGGCCACAAGGAUAGCCCCAGUGUGCAGAACUUUAGCAAUCCUCACGAGCCCUGGAACCGGCUGCACCGAACGCCUCCGUCGUUCCCGACCCCUCCGCCCUGGCUGAAGCCGGGGGAGCUGGAGCGCAGUGCGUCCGCUGCAGCCCAUGACAGAGAUAGAGAUGUAGAUAAACGAGACUCCUCCGUUAGUAAGGAUGACAAGGAAAGGGAAAGCGUUGAGAAAAGACACCCCAGCCAUCCUUCCCCAGCACCUCCCGUCCCGGUGAGCGCCCUGGGCCAUAACCGCAGCUCCACCGAUCCGACGACCAGGGGUCAUUUGAAUACUGAGGCUCGUGAGAAAGAUAAACCCAAAGAGAGGGAGAGAGACCACUCGGGAUCCCGAAAGGACCUGACCACCGAAGAGCACAAAGCCAAGGAAGGCCACCUGCCCGAGAGAGACGGGCACAGCCACGAGGGACGUGGAGCAGGCGAGGAACCCAAGCAGCUGUCCCGGGUGCCGUCACCCUACGUGAGGACACCAGGUGUGGACAGCACCAGGCCUAACAGCACCUCUAGCCGGGAGGCCGAGCCACGCAAGGGUGAGCCGGCCUACGAGAACCCCAAGAAGAGCGCCGAGGUCAAGGUCAAGGAAGAACGCAAGGAAGACCACGACCUACCCACAGAGGCCCCACAGGCCCACAGGACCUCAGAGGCACCUCCACCCAGCUCCUCAGCCAGCGCCAGCGUGCACCCGGGGCCUCUGGCAUCCAUGCCCAUGACCGUGGGAGUGACUGGCAUCCAUGCCAUGAACAGUAUCGGUAGUCUGGACAGGACACGCAUGAUGACCCCGUUUAUGGGCCUCAGCCCGAUCCCAGGGGGAGAGCGCUUCCCGUACCCCUCUUUCCACUGGGACCCCAUGCGGGACCCCUUGAGGGAUCCUUACCGUGACUUGGACAUGCACCGAAGGGACCCUCUGGGCAGGGACUUCCUGCUCAGGAACGACCCCCUGCACCGGCUCUCCACACCCCGGUUGUACGAAGCCGACCGCUCCUUCAGGGACAGGGAGCCUCAUGAUUAUAGCCACCACCACCAUCACCACCACCACCCGCUAGCCGUGGACCCUCGACGGGAGCACGAGCGGGGCGGACACCUGGAUGAACGCGAGCGGCUGCACGUGCUCCGGGAGGACUACGAGCACCCACGGUUGCACCCCGUGCACCCCGCUUCUCUGGACGGACACCUCCCACACCCGAGCCUGCUCACGCCAGGCCUGCCUAGUAUGCACUACCCUCGCAUCAGCCCUACCGCGGGCCACCAGAACGGACUGCUCAACAAGACCCCGCCCACCGCGGCGCUCAGCGCCCCACCUCCGCUCAUUUCCACAUUGGGGGGCCGCCCGGGAUCCCCCCGGAGGACUACGCCUCUGUCGGCUGAAAUCCGAGAGAGGCCACCGUCCCACACACUGAAAGACAUCGAAGCUCGAUAAGUCCUGGAGGAACGAGGUGGACCUCAGAGUUGGGGAGAAACCCCAGGGAUAAUCCCCCCAAGACUCAAGAGACAACUCCUGCGCCCCCAAAUCCGAGAGGUGCAGAGCUCCAAUUCUUCCCCUGGGGGAAAAAAAAAUUGGACAGAGACUCCGUUUGGAUGUUGAAAUGUUUUUGUAUAUUAAUGUUGGAAUUUUUCAGACCUUUUAGCCAGGUCCUGUUUGUUCUUACACUUCCUUAAUUACUUUUUAGUUCUGUUGUUCUUUGCAUAAAACUUUGAUUUGAACCAAAACGGUGAAGGUAACGACACACGAGGAUCUGAUGAUAAUGGGGGUGGGGUGGGGGGCAUCGAUCCGUCACCCCGAGCUGUCUCAGAGGAGGAGGCGUGUACAUAGAGUGUAAAAAGAGAUUGCUUCGUGAGCUGACGGUUCAUAUAUGCAAAAGAUAAAAGACGAAAGCUUUACUUGUACAGAUGUAAAUAGGUUAAAGAUUAAGUAACAUAAUACAUUAAUACUUCUUCAGAUGUGCUAUUUACAAGUCUAAUAUCAGCGAACGCGGCCCUCCGAGGAGGAGGAGGAGGAGGAGGAGG